CUUUUACAAUUCUUCUGGUGAAGUUAAUGUACAAGCACUGAAGAAAAUACUAUCAAGUGCUAAAACGAAUGCGAUUGGUUGGUACAAAUUUCGACGUCAUUCAGACCAAAUCAUGACGUUUAGAGAGAGAUUGCUUCACCGAAAUUUACAAGCAUUUAUUUCAAACCAGGAAUUUGUCUUUUUACUAUUAACAUCAAGUACAGUAACAGAAAGCGGUUCUACUCAUCAGCUGGAGUAUGCCCUAUACAAGCCUCAGAAAGAGCUUUUUCAUAGGAUACCUUUAGUGGUGGCCAAUCUGGGCAUGUCUGAGCAACUGGGCUAUAAAACGGUAUCAGGAUCCUGUAUGUCUGUCGGUUUUAACAGAACAAUGAAAACACACAGGUCUGCAUUUUUUAAAGAAGAUGGAUCUUUAAAGGAGGUACAAAAGAUAAAUGAGAUGUAUGCUUCUUUUCAAGAAGAAUUAAAGAAUGUUUGCAUAAAAGUAGAACAAAGUGAACAAGCAGUAGAGAAACUACUCAACGAUGUAAAUAGAUUAAAAGGGGAAGUAAAAAAAAGAAGACAAACACAGAUCUCAACAGGAGAGAAGAUUGGGCAAGAUGUCCCUCAAGAGAAUGUUUUGCUUUGUCAAGCCUUACGGACUUUUUUCCCAGACUCUGAAUUUCUCCAUUCCUGUGUGAUCUCCCUGAAGAACAGGCGUAUUUCUAAAAGUGCCUGCAACACCAAACACCAGCCAGGUAUGGCAGACAACCUGACCUUGAUGGUCGAAUGCCCUGACAUUCCCGAGGCAGACCCAGCCAGCAGUGCACUGCUGCCAACUAAGCGGCCAGCUCAAGAUACCAUCGACAGGUGGCAAGUGAAAAAGUGCCGGCUAUCAGCAACAGAAAGCAGAACAUCUCACACAGAUACUGAGAGCAGUAACCAAGAAAACACAUCUGCCACUAGCAGCACAGAGAUGGACAAUGAACUGGAGGGAAUGGGCACAGGGGACUCACCUACAUUUUGAUUCCUUCAGGCAAAAAGGAGAUUCAUG